UGCCGUCACCUCAUGGCGACGCGGGUAGAGGAGGCUUCGCGGGGAAGAGGCGGCGGCGCCGAGGAGGCGGUUGAGGCUGGACGGGCCGGACGGCGACGCAGCCCGCGGCAGAAGUUUGUGAUUGGCACAAUGGAAGAAGCUGGAAUGUGCGGGCUAGGGGUGAAAACGGAUAUGUUGCAUAACUCUCAGUCCAAUGAUAUUCUUCAGCAUCAAGGCUCACACUGUGGUGGCACAAGUAACAAGCAUUCCUUGGAAGAGGAUGCACACAGUGACUUUAUCACGAAGGGCAGGAGUUUGGUGAGCCCAGAGUACUGCACACGAGAGUCAAGGGAGGAAAUUCCUGGGCGAGAGGCUCGAACAGAUCCCCCUGAUGGUCAGCAAGAUUCAGAGUGCGACAGGAACAAAGACAAAACCUUAGGAAAAGAAGUCUUAUUAUUGAUGCAAGCCCUAAACACCCUUUCAACUCCAGAAGAAAAGCUGGCAGCUCUCUGUAAGAAAUAUGCCGAUCUUCUGGAGGAGAGCAGGAAUGUUCAGAAGCAAAUGAAGAUGCUGCAGAAGAAGCAAGCCCAGAUCGUGAAAGAGAAAGUUCAUUUGCAGAGUGAACACAGCAAGGCUAUCUUGGCAAGAAGCAAACUCGAGUCUCUUUGCAGGGAACUUCAGCGUCACAAUAAGACGUUAAAGGAAGAAAAUAUGCAGCAGGCACGAGAGGAGGAAGAAAGACGGAAAGAGGCCACUGCGCACUUCCAAAUCACUUUGAAUGAAAUCCAGGCACAGCUGGAGCAACACGACAUACACAACGCCAAGCUCCGCCAGGAGAACGUGGAGCUGGGCGAAAAGCUGAAGAAGCUCAUCGAGCAGUACGCCCUGAGGGAGGAGCACAUUGAUAAAGUAUUCAAACAUAAGGAACUGCAGCAACAGCUUGUGGAUGCCAAACUGCAGCAGACAACACAGCUGAUAAAAGAAGCUGAUGAGAAACAUCAAAGAGAGAGAGAGUUUUUAUUAAAAGAAGCAACGGAAUCAAGACACAAAUAUGAACAAAUGAAACAACAAGAAGUACAACUAAAACAGCAGCUUUCUCUUUAUAUGGAUAAGUUUGAAGAAUUCCAGACUACCAUGGCAAAAAGUAAUGAACUGUUUACAACCUUCCGGCAGGAAAUGGAAAAGAUGACAAAGAAAAUUAAAAAACUGGAAAAAGAAACGAUAAUAUGGCGGACCAAAUGGGAAAACAAUAACAAAGCACUUCUGCAAAUGGCUGAAGAGAAAACUGUGCGAGAUAAAGAGUACAAGGCCUUUCACAUAAAACUGGAACGGCUGGAGAAGCUGUGCAGGGCCCUGCAGACGGAGAGGAACGAGCUCAGUGAGAAGGUGGAGGUGCUGAAGGAGCAGGUCUCGGGGAGGGCGGCGGGCGGGGGCCCAGCGCCGCCCCGGGCCCAGCCCUGUGCUGCCCCGGCUUCUGCCGAGGAGCCCAGCGCCGCCUGGCAAAGCACUGCCCGUGUCAGCCCGGAGGCCGAGUCCCUGGGUGCUGGGCCCAGCAUCGAGUCAGUUGACUGAGAUCAAGUAUGAUCACUGUAUCGAGAGCUCUAUUUUGUGUAUAACUUUCUCUGUUAGUAGUAACUUGGUUUUGUGGUGAAAAUUUUCUUACUUUUUCUACCAUAUCUGUAUUUUCUUAGAACUACUGGACUUAUGUGGUACAGGAGGCUGCUUGGCAGGUUUGAAUAGUUUUACUCUCUACAUUUUCCUCAGCUGUGUUGCACAUCUGCCUCUUUCCCCUUCAUCGGAAUGCAUGUGCUCAUUGCCUUUCUCCCUCUCCCCUGCUGCUUGCACAGAAUUGUCCGAAUUAAAAUGUCACUCACCAGGGCUGACCAUUACAAGGGAACUUUGUUCUGAUAACGGUUCCCCACCCCCACACCCCGCCCUGCCCCGCGGCUUGUGGGAUCAUCAUUCCCUGAUGAGGGAUUGAACCCAGGCCCCAGCAUUGAGAGCACCGAGUCCUAACCACUGGACUGCCAGGGAAGUCCCUGAUAAUGGUUCCUGAUGUGAAAACAAUACUCGUUUAAACAUCCUGCCCCCCCAAUUAAUAUUACUCAAAGGAAAAUAUCAAGAUGAUUAGAUAUUUGUCUUAAUAGCCCAUUUUAAAUGCCAAGUAAAAAAACUCUAGGCUUGGGUCAGAAACAAGCAUAGCAUAUUUGAUUCAAAUUAGCUUUUUGAUAUUAUAUCACUUGACAAAUUGAGAUGGCUACAAACCUAGACUUGUACAUAAAGGUGUAACUUUUAAACAAAGUAGAAUAUACAGGCAAAUCAUUGGAGAGACAGGGCUAAUGUUUAUGUGAUUAAAAAGAGUCCCACCGUGGCUUCCCUGGUGGCGCAGUGGUUGAGAGUCCGCCUGCCGAUGCAGGGCACGCGGGUUCGUGCCCCGGUCCGGGAAGAUCCCACAUGCUGCGGAGCGGCUGGGCCCGUGAGCCAUGGCCGCUGAGCCUGUGCGUCCGGAGCCUGUGCUCCUCCGCAGGAGGAGAGGCCGCAACACUGAGAGGCCCGCGUAGCGCCGGGAAAAAAAAAAAAAAAAAUCAGGACAACAAAUAUCUAUGUCCCUGAAUUCGAGGGAGGCAUUUCCAGUAGAAAGUGCGGUUCUCCUUUAAAAAGAAAAAAAAAACAGUCCCACCGCUCUGUUUUCAGGACAGAAGCAGUAUCUGAAUUUGGACCACCUGGAUGCCCGCUGUGUGGGGAGCCUGGUGGUUUGUUUGCUUCUCACUCGGGAUUUGGGUACACAUCCUCCACUUCCCACGGAGAGCUGCCACUGACAGUCUUUCGCCAGUCAGUGUAGGACGAGGAGGGUAAAAUCAUGUGUAGCUUUCCUUAAGCGGAAGUCCCUCCACUACCUUCUGGCUGCUUGAAAGUUGGUGUCCAACUGUUCCGACAGUCCAAACAGCAUUGUUCUCCAGGGUUUUUUAAAGGGAAUUUUAAUUAUGAUCAUGCUAACUAAAUGAAACUGAUUCCAUUUCUAAAACAAAGACUGGAACCAGCAUUUUUGACUUUGAGGAAACUUGGCAGAGUUAAAUAGCCAGGAUCUAUUUAUUACUUAUGCUUUCAUUCUGUUUCUGCCCCUUUUCUUAGUGGUUUUUUGGGUUGUUGUUUUUUUUUUUUUUAGUAAAAACCAGUAUUAUCAAGGUGUCUACACUUGGAAUGGGGGGCUUUGAAAAUGCAGCACAUCACUUUUGGAUUUGCUGUAAGUUCCUUUGUUCUUCACAAUGUCACAUGUGGUCGAGUUUAUACACAUCAUUAACCAGGCUGCACUGAUGAGAGUUUUGACUUUGUCCCUGGUAUAAUUUGCAUUGAAAUACUUUAUGAAAUAAAAAGGCUCUAUUAGAACUGGUGUUAGCACAUUCCACUGAGCAAAACUAUCAAACUGACACUUCUUAUAUUGCUUACUGGACCGAAUAAACUCUCUUCUGUCCAGUUAAAAGGGUUUUUCUCUUUGUUAAUGUUUUAUUUGUCCUGUCACGUUCACGGUCUAAACUGGGUUGAAGAAUUGAAAACUGUCCAAUAGAUAGGCAACAGCGCCUGGAGUGGUGGAUUAUAUCUAAGCUUCCACCAUCAGUCAUGUUAAUCAAAGGGCCAGACAGUGAAGGAAAAGAAACCCACAAAGUUGGUUAUCUAAUUACUGUCAAAAUGAGUCGGAAGCAAAAACAAACACAUCCUCCUCCAACAGCCUUUUAUAGAUAUCCCCUUCGGUUACUAAAUGAAAUAUUGGACUCAUUUCCCUGAGAGGAAAUGGAGGUAUACAUCAGAAAUACACUCUACUGUAAAAUUAGUACUAAUGGUCCCAUUUCACAAGCGCUCUGCUGGAUGUACAGCUCUUACUGUCUUAAGCCAUUUGUGUAGCCCGCCACGUUUCUUUGUGGUGCUUGUCCUGUGUGGAAGAUUGUAACGGACCUGUUGCAUAUUUUCAAGGGCUUUAUAAAGCGACGUGAUUUACAGUACUUGGCCUGCUGCUUUUGGCUUACUGUGUAUUUUUAGCUAGAUGCUCUCAUGGUGUUUAAAGGACAUGGAUUCUCUCUGGGGUGCAUUUGGUAUCCUUUCAGAAUCUCUCCUCCCAUUACCCUGUGAAUAAAUACAAACGGGACCCUCUGAGAAGGACAUGCUCCUAAAGCAAUCACCUCGCCAGCCCAGUGUUGUGGCUUUGUAGCACACCCUGUUUCUACCACAUUCUAGAACACUGUAAUGCUACUAAGGCUGGCCCAGGAAAGAUUGAAAUGUCAAAUUUGCUUCAACUGCAUUUGCUGCACCAUCAUGGAAUCUUGAUGUAUAUUAUUUAUAGUGGCAGGAGACUCCAAGGAGUAGAGAAAACUUUGGGUCUUGGAUAAUGGACCAUUUCAUCCUCAGACUUGUAGGAGUACAUUUCUUGGUCUUGAGACCAGUAUUUUUUAGUUGUUAUGUAUGCAACUGCCUUUAUUACACCUGGUUAUCAAUUCAAUUCUCAGGUGUUGCAGAAAAAUCUACCUCUUUCAGACUGUAGAUGGAAAUAACUGUGAAAAAAUGAUGCAGAUAUCUUCUAGUUUGUGCUAAACACACUGCUUUAUUUUUACAGCCCACGUCUUUCAUGAGGAUAUGAAUUGUUAAGAGGCAGUCUUGUUUUGCUUUUCAAAGACAUUUUGUAGAGAUUUUUCACUAAUGUGAAUCUGAUUUUAUCUACUCAAUUCUGUAUAGAUUAAGUAAAUAUGUAUGAUAAAUUUAA